AUUUUCCAGCAUGCCAUUCUACUAGCUCUAUAUUGUAGCUUCCAAGCUACGCGGUGAAGGACUGAAGUUGUGGAGUGAGCGCGUUUGAUUCGAACGCUCAGAAAUGUCAACGGAGGUAGAUAAUGCACGCCGCAGAAGAUUCACACAGGAUGCUUUAGAUCUCCACAGAGACUCUGAGCAUAGAGCUGAGACUCAUCAGCGCAGAGGCUCACUUUGUGAUAGGCACUGUGCUUUCAAUAUUCCACCUGAACUAAUGGACACCCACUCACCUACAGGGUCUCACCAUCACCAUCACCAUCACAGCCUGCUCACUCCUCGCUACUUACCAGCUGCAAUAUCUACCCCAAAUCAAUGUCACCAUUGUUCUGGAGAUGCACAGCUUUGUGAAGGAUGUGCUAUUAAGACCACCAUCACUGCAGAAAAUGAAGUGGAAGCAAACAAACUAGCAAAUAAUUAUAAGUUUGGAUUUAAGAAAUGGAAAAGCCAUGUUACAGCAAGACCAUGGGAAGACCGAUCUGAUAUCGUCAAAGAGUUACAUUCUGAUCUGAAGACACUGAAAUUUCCAGAUGGCUCUGUGUUCAGCUUUGGCAAUAUCAUUUACAUUAUUUUAUUUGGCUGGUGGUUAUGUUUAGCAUACCUGCUUGUUGCCUUUUUAAUGUUCUUGACUAUUCUUGGAAUACCUUAUGGAAAGCUGUGCUGGAGUUUAGCCGGUUAUUUUCUGUGGCCAUUUGGAAAGUGUAUUCAAAAGACUGUCAGAUCAGGCAGGAAUGUGCGUUUCCAUUUUGCAAAGUGUGAAGCCAUAACAGAAGUUGAUGAAGCAAGAGAGACCACUCCCUUGGUUGGAACCAAACAACCAGACAUCCAGGAUGGUGGUACUUCACAAAACAGAUACUGGUGUCGUCCAAGUACCUAUCUGUGGCUGCUUCUCGGAUUCCCAUUUAUGUCUUUGAUACAUGCAUUGGCAUGUAUCUUGUCUUGGAUUUUUGUCUUCACUAUUCCAGUAACAAAGAUGAAUGCAAGGACUAUCGGUACAGUCUUGCUAAUGCCUCCUGAGCUGGUGCACAUCAAGAAACCAAAACAGACUGAUAUUCAUAUGGAGACUGAGAUGAUUUUGUGCUGCUAUCAUGCUUUUAAUUUGUAUUACUACAAGUACACAGUGGAUGGAAUCAAUGUUUUUGCUGUCAACUUGCUUCCAGUUGUCGUUGUUGCUCUUGCACUUGGAUAUGCAGACAAAGAGAAUAAAUAUGCAAGUUCUUAUGUUAAGUUUUCCAUUUCUCUGUUAUCGAUUAUUCCACUUUCCUACUAUAUUGGCAUGGCAAUUGCCAGCAUUUCAGCACAGAGUAACUUUGCAGUUGGGGCUGUAGUGAAUGCAACUUUUGGUUCUGUCAUAGAGCUGACCUUUUACAUCACUGCAUUAAUUAAAGGAUCACAAGAAAAGACCAAGUGUUAUGAAGAGAUUGUCAAAUCUGCACUAACUGGAACAUUGUUGGGCUGUGUUCUCUUCAUCCCAGGUCUGUGUAUGGUAAUUGGAGGUUGUAAACACCAGGAGCAACGUUUUAACAGUAGAUCAGCGGGAAUAAGCUCUGCUCUCCUUUUUAUAUCUGUUGGAGGUGCAUUUGCCCCAACUCUCUUUUCUAAAGCAUAUGGCAAUAUGAUUUGCCAGGGUUGUUCUAAUACAACGGAGAAUGCAACAGGUCCUUUUGUUUGCAGAGACUGCCAUUAUGACCUGACAGAAAAUAAUUAUUCCUUGUUUCAUAGUCACAUUGAACCUUUGGUUUAUACUGUGUCAAUAUUACUUCCGGCAGCCUAUCUUGUAGGCCUCAUCUUUACCUUGAAGACUCAUUCACACAUCUAUGAUAUUCACAUCAGUGAUUGUCAUGUCCCAGGACAUCACCACAGUCCUGUUGUUUACUGGGCAAGAUGGAGGGCCUUAAUUAUUCUAAUACUCGCCACUCUACUUAUGUCAUCCUGUGCUGAUCUUGUAACAGAAAACAUUCAACCAAUUUUUGCUAACUCAAGUGUUUCCCAGUAUUUUAUUGGAGUAACUGUCCUGGCCAUGGUACCUGAGCUCCCAGAAAUUGUCAAUGGAAUCCAGUUUGCAUUACAAAACAACAUUAGCUUGAGUAUUGAAGUGGGAAACUGCAUUGCAGUUCAAGUUUGCAUGCUUCAGAUUCCAGUAUUAGUUCUCUUUAAUGUUUUUUAUCCUGUGGGUUUUGUUCUGCUAUUCAGUGACUUGCACUUGUGGGCCUGUAUCUUUAGUGUCAUUCUCAUUAACUACAUCUUUAUGGAUGGGAAGUGCGACUACUUUCAAGGAGCAGCACUGGUCGUGGUCUAUCUUAUCCUGCUGGCUAUGUAUUACUUUGCACCUUCACCAGCUGGCUGCUAAAGAGGGAGAACAACCAAUGAAAAUGAAAGUCUGCCUUGAAGUAAUAAACACCUAGAAAAGUAAUGUAGUGUGUGUGCAGCAGCACGUGAAAAUUAAAUAUGAGUCUUCAGCUGUUUCAUGUUCUUGAACAUUCAAUUGAAUUUACUGUAAAAUACUGUAUCUAAGGGAUUGAAGGAAUACAACUCAUACAGUAUGGAAUAUUAGAAUCCUAAAAUGUAAAGUUAAAUAUAUUUUUCUGUUGUAAUUUAAAAAAAAAAAAGACAUCUACAUUUUUAUUAAAUGUAUUUAGAAUUUAUUCUGGUAUAUGUGUGUGUUUGCAUUGUUUUGUAAUCUGCUGGAGCCAUGCAGGUAGCCAAGCUGAAAGGGAGUAUGCCUCACACAGAGACCCCGUUUAUGUCGAACAGUUUAUUGCACUUCAGUCCAUGCUAAGAAUUUUGAACACAAAAACGGUCUCGUUUGCUGCAUAUCUGCAGUCAUUACACAUCAUUUUAAGGAAGACCCCUGCUGCAUUUCUAGUAACAAACAGUAAAUGUAAUGCUCUGGAUCAUUGUUAAGGUAAAUACCAGUUGAACCGCUGGCACUAAUAUGCAAGUCAACUAAAAGUAAAGAGCUGUAUGAUGUCAAGAAUAACCACAUGGAUGGAUGGAGAAUUUGUAACCUACUUGCACUACUAUUGGUCCACUUGUUUGAUUUCUUGUGAUCCAGUUCAGAGUAUACAAUAGAUUUCAGUAGAAAUUUCCAAUAAAAACCCUUUAUGCCACUCAUGGUCCAGAAGCCCCUUAAACUGUGCCAUGUAGUGUCAAAGCAGUGAUAUUAGUUUUACAGUAUUAUUUCUGUAUUUGCUUACAGAUAAUAGUUCUCUGAUUUUAUUUUAUUUCCCCCCCCUUCCUGUUUGCUCACUGAGUAAAUUACCAUUAAUAAUCCAGUGUCAGGGCUGAACAGUAGGCGUUUUUUAUAAUAAUAUUGUUUAAUUAAAUUCUGGAAUGUUUUUUAAAUGCCCAGAGUUGUUUAUACAGCAUGCUUGCAGCAUAAAAGGAGUGACGUCGUUUUUGUCUUUAUAAAAGCAAUCUGAACAUUUUAUAGUUGAGCUUGCUGUUAGAGUACUAGUUGUAUCUUUCAUGUCUCCCACAAAACCCUGCGACAUUAGUAACUGUGGGGCUCAUAGCCAGUCUUCUGUCUGUGACACCUGCCACUGAAACUCUACUUCACCUCACUUCAUGUGCGCCUGCUGCAGUCAACCCCCAUUUUUCACACAAAUAAAGGCUUUCAUUUGGGUUUCCCUGAUCUGGCUUUCAUUAUGGCCUUCUCGUCAUAAAAGUUUCUCAGCGGUUAUUUGUAUCAACGUGUACUUAGCAACCUCCCAAUCCUGAGUAUUAAAGCGUACUCCACUCAGCCUACUGUGUGUCUGCACCUCUUGAUCUUUAACUGGAAUGUACAGCUGUUUGUUUGUUUGUUUUAUUAAUACUAGUGAUACUGAACAAAUCA